AUGGAUCAGCCGAAUCCUCCAAAGAGGCCUCGCGUUUCGGCUGUCAAUAUUGACUUUGAGUGGAUCAAGUCGAAUGCGCCGGUUUCAACGCUCGUCUUGUUCCAGCUGCUGAAGCCGGCCACCGCAACUUAUCCUCUUUCGUUCCGUGUGUUUGAGCCCAUGGUACCACGACCGGGGCAGCAAAUGCCUGAUCAUGUGCUCGAAGAGCUGCAGAACUUUCCACAUACUCGUUGUGGAAGCGAGGUCAAUUUACAACCGUGUCCACCACAAGUCGGCGACACAGACAGCGGAGUCGCCAUGGUCUGUAUUGCUCUUCAUGUGAUUUCAGGAUGCGAUCCCUCCCAGACGAUAGACUACACUAUCUGGCGGCGCGUUCUUGGCAUGCUUGCGUCUGAAGAGUUUGGAGGCCCAGUGGCGCUUGAUGCAUCACUUGUCAACACGACCGCCAUGCCUAGAUUGCCGAAACAACCGGUGCCGCCAUUCACGGCCGAUACGGUAGCUUGGGAGGCGUGGAAUCAACAGUUGGUUGCCUACCAAGCACGUGUGCGUGAAACCGUCAACGAACAACGGUUGAACCAUCAGGCGAUCCUGAAAAACGCCAUCGCAAGCAUCCGUCAGAUCCAAGUCGUUCUUGGAAAUCUCACGAUACGGCCAGAUGCCAAGGCGUUUGGUCAGAAGGAUCUGAUCUUGUUGAACUCGGUACCAGUUGAUAUGCAACCUCAUGAGGUGGACGUCGAAUUGAUCCAGACCCAAAACGCGCUCGACGCUGUUCACCGAUGCUCCAUGGUUGACAGCCGAAUUGUCGAGGCACUCUCUUCCUGGAUGAGUUGUCUGGGUGGCCUCCAACAGGAGCGUCAAAACACACUUCGACACAUCAACACUGUUCUGGACGUACUGGAGAAGGAAAAGCAGCAGCUCAAGGAAAAGCUGACAGCAGUGCAGGGGUCAGAGCGUUGA